AUGUCUUUGCCGUGUCCGGAUCGCGAGGUGCUGACGCUAUCGCAGAAUGUUGCACAGUCCUCCGCUACGUCACUACGAACCAUGGCCAUCUUUCCCGAGCUUCACCCAGAGCCGAGCUCGAUCGAACGCGUCGAUGCGUGGGCAGUGACCCAAUUGGCGGACGCCUUGAGUGGCACGGCCAUAACAUCUCCUCCUCCACGUCAAGCUCGCACUGUCACCAUUGAGAUCCCUCUCGACGAGCGCGAACCGAUUCAAGAUGAGUCUACGCGACUCCGACUUCGCGCGGCAAGGCCGGAACCUGUACAUACCGUGUACAAGCGAAGCGAGCCGAUUCGACGUGAUAGCUUGAAGAGACGGGAGUCGUUGCUCAAAGGAAAAGAAGGGUCUCGACGUCGGCAGCGUUGGGAAAACGAUCGCUUGCUGAACAACCCUCAUGCUGAGCCGCCACUGCCGAGCGAUUGGCAGCCACAUCCGACGUACGCUGUACAGAAUGUGCCGUACUUCCUCGCACCGCUCUGGGAUGCUGAGUAUGCGAGAAAGUCGCAAGAAAGGCAAGCUAGAGCUGCAGCAGCCAAAGCGCCCGCGUCAAAGGAGGAGGCGGCAGCUGCCAAGGUGGCUCAAGAUCUCCGAGCGAAGAUGAAGCGCGCCAAAGGAGCGAAAGGCCUGCUCCAAGAUCUGGAGGACGAAGUGCGAACUUUUGUCCGCCAGUGGGAGGAGAAGGAGCGCCAGCUUGAAGGCGAAGGCCUGAUUGAGCCCGAUAGCGAGGACGAGGAGAUCGUUUUCGUAGGAAGAGGCGGUGCUACAAUGAGCGAUGAGCGUCGAGAGGAGAGACACCUCGAGAAGGACAAGUUGAUCUAUCAAGGCCUGAUUGACGAUCAUGGUGCAGCGUUCGGGCGCUACUUGACCCAUCAGAUCGCCAUCUAUUAUGGCCUCAAGACUUGGAGCAUCACCAAAGGCGGCGAGAGACUGGCAUAUGUCGGGCUCAAGAUCGAUCCAAAGACACGCCGGCCAAGUCUGUCAAACCGCGAACUGCCGCGACCUUUGUAUGCGGUUGUUUGA